GCUCUCUUACUAGCUGCACAUACACUCUCACACACAUACAUACGCACACGCACGCACACACUCUCACACACCAACACGCGAGACUUUGCCUGAGCUAUUCGCAACCGAGUAUACGAAGGUGAUAGAUAUAGGUAUGUAUGUGCUGCUGCUGGCUGACUUUGCCUGCUGCUGCGCACAGACUCGACACUCUGCAGCACUGAGCCAGUCGCCAGCAGCCACUGCGCGACUUGGCCACUUGCUCGCGGUGGCUCGGCUUAGCUCGGGCUCGCUGCUGCUGCUGCAGUCAACGGUGUCGUCAUUGCACUCGUCGUACAAAAGCUCCGUAGGUAAUCCGAAUUGCCGCGGGCGCAGGCGCUGCGGUUUGAAAAAAUUAACUGCUCGAUGCAUGCGAGUAUUGCAGACUGCGGAGCUAGGGUUGUCGAUACCUAUAUAGCGUCAGCGAUGUACGCUCUAGAAACGAAGAUUUCAGGAGCUGCUCGGACUGUCGGAUGGAGAAGGAUAGCCGAUGCCGUCGAUGAUCGGCACUGAAUAAUUAUGCAUCGUAACAAACGUUGAUGAACGGUAUACGUUGUAAACUAUCCCAUGCUGUUGAAACAUUGUCAUUCUGGCAAACAGAUAUUAAGCUCACUUUGUGCGAGACUGAGGUGCCAUUUUCACGCGGCAAUCUCGCUGCACUCUUUAUGCCAGCGAGAUGGAGAAAUUACCAUCGAGCCUAGCUGAUGACUUUCCACAUUUUUCACGUUUGCAUCGAGUAGCUCCCUCGAUCUGGCACCCGUUUCGUCAGCGCUCGGCCCUCUCUGCGCAGCUUUUCGUUCGAUAAAGCUCAGUUGCUCGUGCGUAGCUAGCUCUAUGAUCUUAGGAAAGCUCGAAAAUCAAUGGCUCGUAUCGAGCUUUUUUCUGUUUACUUACAUCCUCGAGUAUAGGAUGUUUAGCUCUUAGUCAUUGCAUCGACUUUUACAGUCAUUUCUUUUAUUUUACCUAUUUUAUCGAGCUGAGUCAUCGAGGGCUGUAAUGUGAGCUUUUUCAAUAUAGCUCAAGCUUUUUCAAAUUGGAACCUUCACAACUAUUGCUUCAGUUAUUUUCCGCUGUCUUUUCUUUUGAACGCAAUCUCACAGUCGAGUCUAUAAUGCAAUUGUACAAGAUCGGUAAGGGAGUUGGUCGAAUAACGGAAGACGCGGAUGAUGUCGAGGCUCGAUGCUGCGCGACGCCGCAAUGCCAUUCGAAGAGGCGAUCAUUCGACCGAGAGUUGGGUCGGCUCGCACGAGAUUAAUAUUCAGCAGUAUCGGAUAUACGCGUAUAUGCUGCGUAUACAAGUGGGUCAGUAGCCUAUCAGCUGAGAGGCGCAAAUUAACGAGGAGUCGUCGGCUAAGUAUAUGCAGUCGCGGCAGCUCGCUGGAAUGGCAUUGAAUCGGAUUCAUUGAAAAAGUGCCUGUGGCGCAGUGGAAGCUGGACUUCCGAACCAAGAGUUGUAGCGCAGCAAGGCCAGUCGCGCCCGAUCCGCAAUUUUUCUUCGGCAGUCGGCAUGUCGAUGCUGUGGCUAACGUGGCUCAUGCUUUGGACGCUUCACACUUCGUCAUGCAACAGCAGCAGCAGCAGCAGCAGCGCCAGCAACAACAAGAGUGCGGAUCAUGCAGCACAUGCACAUCAUGUCGGUGACGACGGUGGCGGUGGCGGUGGCGGCCCGAGCAACGACGCCAACGAUCCCAACGACGCCAGCGGCGCAACAGGAAGCGUCUACGCUAAAACGGAAAUGCAUCAGCAGCAGCAGCAGCAGCAGAAAAGGAAAAACUUUGUCUUCAUAAUCGUCGACGACUUGAGACCGGCGCUCGGCUGCUACGACGACGCUCGGGCGCACACGCCCAACAUGGACCGGCUGGCUCGACGCAGCGUCAUUUUCCAUCGAGCUUACGCUCAGCAAUCGCUGUGCGCGCCCAGCCGCAACUCCAUGCUGACCAGUCGACGGCCGGACAGCCUCGGCCUCUACGACUUCAACAGCUACUGGCGCUGCGUCGCCGGCAACUUCACGACUCUGCCGCAGCACCUCAAGCAGCAGGGCUACCGGACCGCCUCGCUCGGCAAGGUCUUCCAUCCGGGCGCCAGCUCCAAUUGGAACGACGACAGCCCCUACUCCUGGACGGAGCGGCCCUUUCAUCCCGUCACCGACGAGUACAAGGACGCGCCCGUCUGCCCGGACGAGCAGAGCAGCGCCGGCGCCACCACCGUGCUCGCCAGCAAUUUAUUAUGUCCGGUGAGGGUAUCGGCCAUGCCAAACUCGACCUUACCUGAUCUCGAGACUCUUCGAGCGUCGAGGCGAUUUUUACGCAGCGACCACGCCCAACGUCCCUUCUUCCUAGCUGUGGGAUUCCAAAAACCUCACAUACCGCUCAAGUAUCCGAAACGUUAUUUGAAGUUGCACCCGUUGCGCAAGUUCGCCCUGCCCGACAAUUACGACUGGCCAGCCAAUGUCAGCAGCGUAGCUUACAAUCCUUGGACGGAUCUUCGGCGUCGUAGCGACGUGGCCAAGCUCAAUCUCAAGUGUCCCUGGCAGAAAAUACCGAAAACCUUUGGCUCGAAGAUUAUACAGUCGUACUACGCUGCCGUCUCCUACGUCGACGAUCUGAUCGGUGAGCUGCUCGACGAAAUCGACGCGCUGAGUUUGACCAACGACACAGUGGUUGUCCUGACCUCCGAUCACGGAUGGUCACUCGGCGAACAUUCCCUGUGGGCCAAGUACAGUAAUUUCGAGGUAGCUCUGCGCGUACCGCUCAUCAUGUCCAUUCCCGACCUCACUUUUCGAGCGUCCAUCAACGCCAGCUCUACUUGGAUGGAUUGCCAGGAAGCCAAAUCCAUCGAGAGCCCGGUGGAAUUGCUCGACGUGUUUCCGACCCUGGCCGAAAUUGCUGGAGCACCCGUGCAAAAGUGCCCGAGACGCCAGCAGGACGUCAAACUGCCCGACCUCUGUGUGGAGGGUAGCUCAUUGUUGAAGCUCGUCCAAGAUGCAUUUAAAAAUAAGACGACGGUCGAGUGGAGCAAGCCUGCGAUAAGUCAGUACCCGAGGCCCGGUCUAACGCCCAAAUGCUAUCCAAGCAGCGACGAGCCAAAGUUACGCGAUAUAAAGAUCAUGGGUUACUCGCUGCGCGUCGAGCGUUAUCGUUACACCGUCUGGCCGAGCUUUUCUCGCGCUCAUAAGCGACCCAACUGGCAGGAAAUUCACGCUGAAGAGCUUUACGAUCAUCGCCAAGAUCAAGAAGAAAAUGUCAAUCUUGCUUACAGUAAUAGUCAUAACGACUUGAAGACCGAGCUAAAAAGUAUCUUGAUCGAUGCUCUGCGAUAGAGGCCAUCAUAAUUUUUUUUUUCGACGCACUG